AUGGAACGAUUCUGGACUAUUGAAGAAAGAAAUCCGUCGUCAUGCCACUCUGUCGAGGAAGCCGCCUGUGAAGCUCACUUCAAAGAAAUCAUCUCUCGUAACGAACAAGAACGAUACAUUGUUCGCUUACCCGUAAAACCUGAUGUCCUGGCCCGGCUUGGCGACAACCGUCGCGCCACAUUCCGAAUGUUUCGAGCCAUGGAAACGCGAAUGGCUCAGAAUCUGCACCUUCGUGAACAAUACGUCGACUUUAUGACCGAAUACGCCACCUUGGGAUAUAUGAAAAAAGUCGACGACUACGAAACACCGCCCAACCCUUGCUACCAUCUUCCGCACCAGGCUGUUAUCAGAGAAGAAAGCACGACCACCAAAGAUCGCGUCGUUUAUAAUGCGUCGUGGAAAACGAGCUAA